GCCAACUCUCUAUGCUACCUGAGGAUUGUCGGACUUUGGAGGCUAGGAAUGCCAUUUUCCAUGAGUUGAUAGGUCAUGACAAUCAUGGAUAUUGUCGCACAUACGGGAGAACUGUGCCUCAGAGAGCAGUGUAUAAAGAUGGUGCAGGGCCAUCACAGUCAGCACCCCAGCCAUCGACUAUUGUUCAGAUCACCCAGCAGGUUCGUGCGGAGCUAAGGGAUGAGUUGAGGGAGGAGCUGAGAGCAGAGUUCUCUACACAUUUACAGCAGCUGAGAGCUGAGAUGAUGGCUUUUGUGUCACAGGGGGCAAGUGUGGAUCCUAACAGACAGGCUCCUGAUGCAUCAAGUGGCCACCGGGCAUUUAGGGAAUCUGCAGAAGACGAGAAUCCAUAUACACCACCACCAGAAGAUCAGAUAUUUCCUGAGUAGCAGUUUGCUUCUUGUGGAAUGGAGUCGUGUGAAGAUUGCGACAA